UGACUUGAUAUCACCAGCUAGUAUUUUUGUUAUUAGUUUAAUUAAUUCUGCAACUCUUAUGGCGGACUGGGUUAACGCUAGCUUGGAACAUCUCUUUCAAUCUUAGAUUUAACUUUUGUACUCUAAUUGUCUUGUUACUUCAGCCCCUGAUGUCAUUCCUUUCCUUCUUUUGCUAACACUCUUCGCACACUUUCUUGUACAAAUACACCCCUCCCUUGUAACGCAGCCAAAAUACAGCCCAUUCCCCGCCAGAACUUCUAACAGUUUAUGAACUUCAUUUUUCAGUAUCUAAACCCUGCAACACCUUCUCUACAAGCUUCUUGUGAAUGGCAAGUUUCAGCACCUCAAGAGCCAAGUCCAAGAAGAUCAUUCUUUUCCUUAACAUCACCUUUCUCUUCCUCUUCUUUUUCUAUCUUGCAACCUCAUAUUUUAUCGAUCAAUCCACUGAACCAAAAGUCACCACAAACCAUUCUUUAGUGCUUCAAGAAUCGAUCAAAACCGAUGGCUGCAGCGGAAUUCAUGACUACAUAGAUUACAGGUCCAAGUGUAUUUAUGUCAAGUCUCAUAUUGGAUGCAGGCCUAAAGGGUAUAUAAACUAUCUUCAAAUCUUUUACUGUACUUGUGGCCAAUUUUCCAUGCUUGGCUAUAUUAUGUUGUUACUGUGGCUGGCUGUUCUGUUCUAUCUGUUAGGCAAUACAGCAGCAGAUUACUUCUGUCCCGCCUUAGAAAGCUUGUCCAAACUCUUGAAGCUUUCUCCAACUAUUGCUGGUGUCACCCUUCUUUCACUUGGCAAUGGCGCUCCGGAUGUUUUUGCUAGUAUUGUUUCCUUCACUAGGUCUAGCAAUGGUGGAGUUGGCCUGAAUAGUAUUUUGGGUGGCGCUUUUUUUGUGUCUAGUGUGGUGGUUGGUGUUAUAAGUUUAUUAGCUGGUCCUCGAGAGAUUUAUGUUGACAAGUCUAGCUUCAUUAGAGAUGUCUGCUUCUUUCUGUUCUCUCUCUGUUCUCUUCUCUUGAUUAUUAUUGUGGGGAAAAUAUCCUUGUGGGGUGCCAUUUCUUUUCUUUCUAUCUACUUGGGUUAUGUCGGUGUGGUUUGCAUCAUGCACUUUGAUCAGUACCGAAAAGAGAAUCGUUUAACUGUAGAUGGCAACCAGGAGGAGGAUUUUUUGGAGAGGGGUAUACCUUUACUUGGUUAUGUUGAUCAUGAAAAACCAAUUUUGGUGGACAAAACCACUGCUGAUGAUCAGCGAAGUUCAUUGAUUUUUUGUAAUCUCGAUUCUCCCUUUUUUUAUUACCUGGGUAGCCUUCUGUAUGUUUUGGAGUUACCUCUGUCCUUGCCUAGAAGAUUGACUAUACCUGUGGUUAGUGAGGCGAGGUGGUCUAGGCCAUUUGCAGUAAUUUCUGUGGCGUUGGCACCAAUUUUAUUGGCUGCACUAUGCACCUCCCAAAAGGAAAAGGAGUUUGGUUCAAGAAGCAGCCUAGUAACUUAUUUGAUAGCAGUAUUGACUGGGAUGGUUCUCUGCAAUCUUGCAUGCGUGACAACAACGAAGUCUAGCCCACCAAAGAAGUCCUUGUUCCCUUGGCUUGCUGGUGGCUUUUUGAUGAGUGUAACUUGGACAUAUAUUAUCGCUGAGGAAUUGGUCUCUUUAUUGAUUUCACUAGGCUAUGUACUCGGGAUUAACCCUUCAGUUCUCGGAUUAACUGUCCUGGCUUGGGGCAACUCGCUCGGAGAUUUGAUAGCUAAUGUUGCCAUGGCGAUGACUGGUGGGGCAGACGGCGCCCAAAUUGCAAUAUCAGGCUGCUAUGCUGGUCCCAUGUUCAACACAUUGCUGGGUUUGGGCAUUUCACUAGUCAUCUCAUCAGGGUCCAAAUAUCCAUCUUCAUUUAUCGUCCCUGAAGACCCUUCUCUCUAUGAGACUAUAGGGUUUCUGAUGGGAGGCUUGCUGUGGGCCCUUGUGAUCUUGCCGAGGAAGGACAUGAGGUUAGAUAAGUCUCUUGGGAUUGGUCUCUUAGCUAUAUAUCUCUGUUUUCUGUCUCUGACGCUGGCCAGGUCUCUUGGUCUCUUGAAACUUCAUGGGUUUUCUUAGUCUCUUCAAAGCUAGAGUAGAGAAGGAGCAUUUAGAAAUAUUCAACCCUGUACUUCAACUAGCUACACCGAACUGUACAGUAUUAUGAGAAUCAAAUAAUCAAGCUGGUUAACUUUUAA